UCCUCUCUUUCCCAUUCCCCCAAGCAUCUAUUUAUUCUCACCUCACCCCCUCCCAAUUUCCUCACAACUCCCUCCCAUUCAUUCUCUCUCUCUCUCUCACACACACACACACACAUUCUACCUGCUUUCCAAGUUUUGGAAGUAAAAUGACUCUUCUUGGCCUUUCCAUAGUGGGAUUUCUCUCUCUAUUUUCAUGUGUUCGUGGGUAUGAUGAGGGAUGGGUUGAUGCUCAUGCCACUUUCUAUGGAGGCGGUGAUGCUUCUGGCACAAUGGGUGGGGCAUGUGGGUAUGGGAACCUGUACAGCCAAGGGUAUGGGACAAACACAGCAGCCUUGAGCACAGCACUGUUCAACAGUGGCCUGAGCUGUGGGGCUUGUUUUGAAAUCAAGUGUGUUAAUGACCAAAAGUGGUGCAUCCCUGGCUCUAUUGUGGUCACAGCCACCAACUUCUGCCCACCCAACAAUGCCCUCCCAAACAACGCAGGAGGGUGGUGCAACCCUCCUCAGCACCACUUUGACCUCUCCCAACCUAUUUUCCAACAGAUUGCUCAGUACAGGGCUGGGAUUGUCCCUGUUUCUUACAGAAGGGUAUCCUGUUCUAAAAAAGGAGGCAUCAGAUUCACAAUCAACGGCCACUCGUACUUCAACUUGGUCCUAAUCACAAACGUCGGAGGUGCAGGAGACGUCCAUUCCGUUUCGAUCAAAGGGUCGAAGACUGAUUGGCAGCCCAUGUCCAGGAAUUGGGGUCAAAACUGGCAGAGCAACACUUACCUCAAUGGGCAAAGCCUCUCUUUCAAGGUCACAGCAAGUGAUGGCCAAACCGUGGUCAAUUACGAUGUCGCCCCUGCUGGCUGGUCCUUUGGCCAAACCUUUAGCGGUGGGCAGUUCCCCUGAAUUCGGGAACCCACCUCUAAACCUAGUAGUUCCUCCAUAUUAAAUUGGAACUACCUAGUAGUAAUAGUCUCGUUUUUUCCAUUUUUCUUUUUUUAACUGAUAGUCAAAGAAAUAAGCAAGAAUACUGCAGCUUGCAGUAAUGAGACUCGAAUCGGAUCGGUCUCAAUUGUACUAGUUUUUAUGGUACCUUUCAUUUUCAGAGUUGGGUUUCGGCAGAAAAUGGGAGGGAAAAAAAAAGGAGGUAUAUUUCUAGGUGGUCCUUAGGGUAAAAGAGUCAUUUUCAAAGGUUGGUUUGGGUCAAAAAAUGAAAAGAAAAGGGUUUUAUUUUAUUUUAUUUUAAGAUGGCUCUUAAGGUAAAAGAGUCAUUUUAGGAGUUGGGUUUGGGUUGAAAAUGAUAUAAAAAGGGCCUUAAUUUAGGGUGGGGUCCUUGUUUUUUUGGGUCAUUUUAUACUACCCCAGUUUGAGGUGACUAUGGAGGUUUUGGUUUCUGUCUCUGAACUUUUUGGGGAAGGCAGAAAUCAGGCAGUGGUGGAUUCAUCAAGUACCCGCCCCUUCAUAAGUUGCUUUGUGCGCGCGUCAUCUGUCUUUCUAUUUGUAUUUGAAUUGUUGUUCAUUUUCCCUUAUUGAAAUGAAGUCAAUUGUAAUCAGCAGUUUGCUUGCUGAAGUA